UUUCUUGAAAUUGAAAGGUGUGACCAAUUGGAGCAUAUAAUUGUUGAAAAUGUAGAAGAACGGGUCUCAUCAGAGAGUCAUCUCCAACCUUUAUGCUUCCCUAAACUGGAAAGAGUCAAUGUCAUAUACUGUAAUAAAUUGAAAUAUCUCUUCCCCAUGACCAUCGCUGAUAGUCUUUUAGAACUAAAAGUUCUCGUAGUAAAAGAAAACUCUCAAUUAAUGGAAGUAUUCACACAUGAAGGAGACGCCGGAGUUCAGAAAGAUGUAACGCUCCCUCAACUAGAAUUUAUGGGACUCAAAGGUCUACCAAGCCUUGUUAACUUCUGCCCAAAGAACUGUCAGUUUAUACUGCCAAAAUUGAGGGAGUUAAGAGUGGAAAGCUGUAAGAACAUGAGGACGACUUUUACCCGUAAUCCAGACAGAAGUGUGCUUAUAAAUGGAGAGGUAGCCCAGAUAGACGAGCCUACAGGGAUUUCAACAAUUUCUCCAGCGCUUACCACAUGCCCUGCCAACAACGAUAUAACAUGGACAGGUUUUAACUUUUAACUGCACAAACCUUUUAUUAUAUUUAAUUUAUUUUUCCUUAUUUCUUACUUUGACAAAAUAAACUAUUGUUGUGUUCAGUUGAUUUUUAUGUGACAGGCGAUUUAAUAUGGAAAGCCUUUUUUUUUCCUUACUGCGGAUGGGAUAAUGACUUCGUAUAUGAUGACUGUUUAUGAUCUUUUCAAUACACGUGGCUUAAAUUUCUGGUGGGCUCAUGGAUGGAUGGAGGUUCUACUUCUCUAGAGGUCUCCGUCCUCAAGAUUGUCAUCUCUGUAUUACACAACUCUUUUGCUUUCUAUUUAUUUUCUUUUAACAUCGCUAUAUUGUUGAACUCUAAAUACGUUACAAGUGUGUGUGAUAAUUCUACUUUCCUAGUUCCUUUACAUUUUAUGCUUUCAGCAACACAAGACAACAAAUAAAUAAUUUAUUUGAUGUGUGUGUUUUAUUUUAUUUUAUUUU